AUGCCAAAAAUCAAGACGAACCGCGUGAAGUACCCUGAAGGAUGGGAGCUUAUAGAGCCGACGCUGAGAGAGCUUGAGCAAAAGAUGAGAGAAGCGGAGAGCGACACACACGAGGGCAAGCGCAAGUGCGAGGCGCUGUGGCCCAUCUUCAAGAUCGCGCACCAGAAGAGCCGCUUCAUCUACGACCUGUACUACCGGCGCAAGGCCAUCAGCAAAGAGCUCUACGACUUCUGCCUUGAGCAGAAGCACGCUGACGCGAGCCUCAUCGCCAAGUGGAAGAAGGCAGGGUUUGAGAGGCUGUGCUGUGUGCGGUGCAUGCAGCCCAAGGACCACAACUUCGGCACCACAUGUGUGUGCCGCGUGCCCAAGCACCUCCGCGAGGAGAAGGUCAUCGAGUGCAUCCACUGCGGCUGCCGCGGCUGUGCCAGCGGGGAUAGCUGA